AUGACAAAAUGGAUGGAGUACGUCUCCGACGACAACGUCACCGAAACCGGAUCCAAUGAACACUCUUCGACCUCGAUUCUUCAAUUUUCUUUUCUUCGUCGUGUGAGGGUAAAACCCGCUCAGAAGCUGCAUGUCUCGGAGGAAGAGAAAGAAACCGUAUCCCGAUCGAGUACACGAUGUUCAUUAAUCUCUGGAGGAGAAAGAGAAUACUUCGAUCCGAUCCUCGUAGAUGUCAUCAUCAAUAUCUUCUCGAAAUCGCCGACCAAGUCUAUGGCAAAGUUUCGCUGCGUGUCGAAGCUCUGGUCGUCGAUAGUUCGUCCUCCAUAUUAUAAAGAGUUGUUCCCGAUCAGAUCUCCACCGAAGUUUCUUUUCACCUUCGUAGGAGGAGGAAAGGUUUUCUACUACACUUCACCACAGCCGCAAGAUCCAGUCGAAGAUUCAUCAUUAGUAGCCACUCGUCAUCAUACGCAUCCUGUCACAAAUCUCUCUCUAGUAUUUGGCCCUGUCCACGGUUUGGUCUGUCAUCAAUGUGUGGGAGAGAAUUACAUAGUGGUGGUGGUUUCUAAUCCCGUCACAGGACAAUACGUAACCUUACCCAAACUGAUGAUGACAACGAAACUGGUUGACGCAAAAAGCUAUCUAGGGUUUGAUCCAGUCGAAAAACAGUUCAAGGUUUUGUGUGUAUCGUGGACCCUUUGUGGAACAGAGAAGGACUUGUCUGUGGAGCAUCAAGUUCUCACGUUAGAGAAAGGAAUGAGAAAUGUGUUAUGGAGAAAGAUGGAUUCUCGCAGCAUACCUUUCUGUGCUCAAACACAAAGUGAUGAUGGGAUAUGCAUCAAUGGUAUUUUGUAUUAUUAUACAAAAACCCUCGACGAACGAAUAAUGAUCGGUUGUUUUGAUGUGAGGUCGGAGAGACUUGAUUUAAUUCCAUUCAUAUUGGAAGAUUCCAUUUACACUCUGAUAAACUACAAGGGAAAAUUAGGUGUGGUUCACAAUUGUCACGCUAAGGAUUUUGUGUUGUGGGUUUUAGAGGAACAAGAAUGGUCGAUUCGUGUCUACGAAAAACCCCUUCAAUGGCGGCGUGGAUUGUGUUCAAAGGAGGCUGUUGGUGUGACUGAUAGAGGUGAAUUGUUGUUCUGCUCGAAGCAUAAAGUGGAGGUUCCUUUCUACAUUUUUUACUACAAUGUCGAGAGUAACACUGUGGUAAGAGUGAGAGUUGAAGUUCCAGCGUUUGGAAGUUUUAAAUGGCCUAGACUUUACACUUUUCCAAACUAUAUAGAGCAUGUGAAGCUUAUGUAA